UCAGAAGUCAAGAAAAUGACAACCAACUUCAAAGUUAAACUAGGACAAGGUGGUUUUGGUACCGUGUAUCAAGGCAAGCUAUCCAAUGGUAUUCUUGUAGCUAUAAAGAUGUUGAACGAAACAAAAAAGAAUGAUGAAGAAUUUAUCAACGAGGUUGCCAGCAUAAGUAGAACUUCUCAUGUUAAUAUUGUCACUCUUCUUGGAUUCUGUCUGGAAGGUCGCAAGAGAGUCCUCAUUUACGAAUUCAUGUCCAAUGGCUCCCUUGAGAAGUUCAUUUUUAGAAAAGGCCCCGAAAGCAUUGCACCCUUGAGUUGGGAUAUUGUUUUUCAAAUUUCAAUGGGUGUAGCUCAAGGGUUAGAAUACUUGCACAAAGGAUGCAAAACUCGAAUUUUACAUUUUGACAUAAAACCUCAUAACAUCCUUUUGGAUGAAAAGUUUUGUCCUAAGAUAUCUGAUUUUGGGUUAGCAAAACUUUGUCCUAGAAAUGAAAGCAUCAUUUCUAUGUCCGAAGCCAGAGGAACAAUGGGGUAUGCAGCUCCAGAAGUGUUGAACACACAUUUUGCAGGAGUUUCACACAAGUCUGAUGUUUAUAGUUUUGGAAUGAUGUUGUUAGAAAUGGUAGGAGGAAGGAAGAACAUUAAUGGUGAAGCCAGCCACACUAGUGAGAUAUAUUUUCCGAAUUGGAUACAUAAGAGACUUCAGAUGUGCACUGAUUUAAGACAAUAUGAAGGGAUAGUCCCUGAAGAGAAUGAAAUAGCAAAGAGAUUGACCAUAGUUGGUCUAUGGUGCAUUCAAACCUUUCCAUAUGACAGACCUACAAUGAGAAGAGUAAUUGACAUGUUGGAAAGCAGCAUAAAUUCCCUGGAAAUGCCACCAAAACCUUUGUUUUCAUCUCCUACCAGAUCAGUAUCAGGAUCUUCUUGCUCUUAA